AUGACUAUUGCGAGAUUGCUGCUGAGAAAAAAAGCCGCCGAAGAACUGAAAAAGGAACAAGAACGCAAGGCGGCUGAACGUAGACGUAUCAUUGAAGAACGUUGUGGCAAGCCCAAACCCCUCGAUGACGCUAAUGAAGAACUCCUUAAAAGUGUCGCCAGGUCAUAUCACGAAAGAAUCGUCAGAUUGGAAGAACAGAAGUUUGACCUGGAAUACGAGGUCAAAAGAAAAGAUUAUGAGAUUGCCGACUUGAACAGCCAAGUUAACGACCUAAGAGGCAAAUUUAUCAAACCAACCCUUAAAAAGGUAUCUAAAUAUGAAAACAAAUUUGCCAAAUUACAAAAGAAGGCAGCAGAAUUCAACUUCCGUAACCAACUCAAAGUAGUUAAAAAGAAAGAAUUCACCCUCGAAGAAGAAGACAAAGAGCCAAAGAAGUCGGAAAAAGCUGAGUGUGGAGGUCCACCCCAAAUACCAGCACCUUUACUUACACCUACUCCCAAUCUUAUGGAUGACUGGGGAAGCAGUGCUCAGCCACAACCGGUUGCAGCAAAUGACAAUGACGGCUGGGAUGAUGAUUGGGAUGAAGAUCCAUAUUCAGAAAUCCAAGGCAAUGCCCAUCAUCAGCAUGAACAACUUUAUUCGAAUGAAACAAACCACAAUUUAAAUCCCAGAGGUGAUGCUGAUAAUUUCAGUGAGGCCAGCUUUGGAGGAAUUGAUAAUAAAGGGAUAAAACGGAUAGGCACUGCAUACUUCGACAUUGGUAAAAUAUACGAGGAUCAACCAAAAUUGGACUGGGAACCCCUUGCUGACAAGCUUUACGUCUACAGAGGCAUUACAGGUGCUUUUCCUGACAUAUUUGCAAUCCACAGAGGGGCUCAACAGAAACGAAAAGAAUGCGAAAAAAUCAACAUGCCCCCAGGUCAAUUAAACGAAAUUGCCGACUUGAACAGCCAAGUUAACGACCUAAGAGGCAAAUUUAUCAAACCAACCCUUAAAAAGGUAUCUAAAUAUGAAAACAAAUUUGCCAAAUUACAAAAGAAGGCAGCAGAAUUCAACUUCCGUAACCAACUCAAAGUAGUUAAAAAGAAAGAAUUCACCCUCGAAGAAGAAGACAAAGAGAAGAAGCCGGAUUGGUCAAAGAAGGGAGAGAAGGUACAAGAAGCUGAAGCAUGAGCAUCUCCCUAGUGUCGUCUUUCGUCUUUUUAAAAUAUUGUUAUUACCUAAUUUAAGAGUACUUGUCUAUGUUUAUUUUUACAAUUAAAAAAUAAUGAAACAACUUAACUGAAAAGAUACAUAUAAUAUAUUGAAAAUAAAAUUACUGCACUUUAUACCCACAUGUGUUUGUUGAAGUCCUGUUUUGUCGAA